AAACCACUUCCACUCGUUAGAACUUUCAGGUUAUUUAUAAACCUAUUUAUUUACACACACACCCACACACACAUCAUGUUGAAUUAUAACUACUCUUUGAACCAAGCACAACUAAAGACAUCAUCCGUCACCCCCACAUCCACACCCUCCCACACGCCCACCAUAUCCGCCGCGCUGCCCACAAGUCUAGAUAUAAAUGCAGGCUCAUUUAUAAAUACUCCCCCAUCAUCAUCUCGGGUGCACCGGCGCUCCAACUCCGUCGACUUUACCAAAAAGGCAGGUUCGUUUAUAUCGAUGAACUCCAACUCUACCCCUCCUUCAUCGCCAAUAUCACUGGCUAGGGUAACUAGCACCUCGGGGAUACCGCGCAAGCGCAGUAUCAUUAUCGACUUGGAUAAAGUUACCGAAGAAUACAAGAAUUGCGAAAGAAGGUUGAGUGUCGCCAGUGCCAAGAUACAGAACAAGCCUGUGCGAAACGAUCAAGCCAGUGGUGAUACUGAUGGUGAAGUCGAUGAAGACGGUGAGUUUUAUAUGCGGGAGUUAGAGUUGUCUUGUCAGUUACCACUUAGUCUGGAGUUGCUAUUACAGAGUUAUUGCAAGAAUGAAGAUGGACAACACCACAGCGACGAUGAAGAGCUUGAUGGGAGGCACAAACCAAAGAAAGUGAUAUUGAGGACAUGGAGCAAAUUAAAGCGGAACAGUUCGGUUAGGUCAUAGAGUAUAGAAUAAGGACAUUCAAAAUUAAAUAGGACGAUUAUAUAAAAUAGAUAUUCGCUUAUUUC